AUGCAUAUUAACAGAAAUGUUACUCCACAGACCCCUUACAUUGAAAUUGAGUUCCGCGACGCCCCCAAAAAACGGAUUAAGCGAAAUCUCUCGCUGGACUGCGACGAGAACGAUAAUGAAACCCGCUGUUGUCGGUAUCCGCUGACAGUCGACUUUGAAAAAUUCGGCUGGGACUGGAUUAUAGCUCCGAAGCAUUACGAAGCAUCAUACUGUGCUGGUGAGUGUAUGCUUAGCUUCCUGCCUAAGUACGAGCACACCCAUGUGAUGCAAUUAAGCACCUCAGCUAUACCCUGCUGCUCCCCGAAAAAGAUGAGCCCAAUCAAGCUGUUGUACUUUGAUUUGAGCUACCGCGUGAUCUACAGCACCAUACCGAACAUGAUCGUGGAAAAGUGCAGUUGUUCCUAG